AUGGUAUCAGAGCUUAAUUGCUCCAGCAUUGCUUCGAUGGCCAGACCUACAACUCGUUCACAAGAUGGUAUUCAUCCCACUGAGAACUCCCAUUCUGAGCUGAUCUUCGAUAAUCCUUCUGCUGCAAAUCCUCAUCCUCCAUCGACGGCUCCACGGAGAACUCACACUACAAGACCACCCAAUCGCCCAAAUUUUGGCUCUAAAAUUCCCAAUCCAAUAGGCUCUCCUGGCGAUCUUCCUCCUGGUGAUUCCAUUCCACCACCGAUUCAUCUUCGACGUUUACAAUCCUCAGUUGAUCGACCCGCACAUGAAGACUUAUCCAGUCCCUUCUUCCUCAGCGCCGGAGAUCACCCUGGGUUGAUUUUGGUUUCUUCUGUUCUGACUGGAGCAAACUAUCAAUCAUGGAAGCGAGCAAUCACUAUGGCCCUAGCCGCGAAAAACAAAUCUGGUUUUAUCGAUGGUUCAAUACCUCGUCCAGAUCCUGGUAAUCCUCUUCUCAAUUCUUGGAUUCGUUGCAAUGACAUGAGCAUAAUGUUCUUUAAUUUUGCCUCUGAUAUGUGGUAUGAUCUUGCUGAAAGAUUCAAUGAGGGGAAUGGACCCCGAAUUUUCCAAUUACAAAAUCAACUCACAAGUCUGCGACAAGGUGAUCAAUCUGUCACCUCCUAUUUUACCAGACUAAAAUCUUUAUGGGAUGAACUCAAAGAGUUCCAACCCAACACUACUUGCACCUGUGGUGCAAUGAAAGCUCUUCUUGAUCACUACAAUCAAAACCAGGUCCUCCAGUUCUUGACAGGUCUGAAUGAAUCAUAUUCAUCUGUACGAGCUCAGAUUCUUCUCAAUGAACCAAUUCCGACCCUAUCCAGAGUGUUUGCCAUGAUUGUUCAAGAAGAGUGCCAAAGAACUCUUGGUUCUUCUAAUCUUUCUUCAAUGGCCUCUUCCAUCUGUCCUACCUUCUUUUUUCAAUAUGAUUUGCACUCAAUUUUUCAACUUUAA